GUCUUCAUCAGUGGCGUUUCAACCCUGAUGACAAAAGCUGCCGACACUGUGUGGAGUGGGACUUGAGAUCUGUGGUUUUUAAAUGUGUAUGGUUAUAUUUGCUCCGAUUUUUGCCAUCUGUGCUUUUGCAACAUGUGGAGGAUACUAUGGUCAUCUCCAGGUUAAAGUGGACUGUGCCGACAGGAGGCAGAGUAACCUCAGCAUCAACAUUGAUUUUGGCUAUCCUUUCAGAUUACAGGAGGUGCAUUUCAAAGCUCCUGCGUGUGAGUCAAAGAGGGAGGAGAUUCUUUUCCUGGAUGGUGACUUUUCCUCAGCUGCUCAGUUUUUCCUGACUGUGGGUGUUUUUGCUUUCCUGUACUCGCUGCUGGCCACCAUCGUCUAUGUCUUCUACCAGAACAAGUACCUGAAGAACAACAGAGGCCCGCUUGUGGAUUUUGUUGUCACAGUCAUCUUCUCCUUCAUGUGGCUGGUCAGCAGUUGCUGUUGGGCCAAAGCGCUCUCUGAUAUCAAGGCGGCCACAAACCCAACACAUGUGCUUCUGCUCAUCUCAGCCUGCAGAGCUCAGGAGAACAAAUGUGCGGCCACCCAGGAGCCUCUCUGGUCACGACUUAAUACAUCUGCAGUCUUUGGUUUUGUAAAUGUCAUCCUCUGGGUCGGGAAUAUUUGGUUUGUCUUUAAAGAGACAGGCUGGUAUAAGACAGGUCAGAGAUAUCCAACCAGGAGUGCUUCUGGGAAACGUGCCAGUGGAAUGCGGCAGCGGCUCUACAGCGAGAGCAGCUUCGAGCAGCCGGAGGAGAGUUUUGGUCCACAGCCCUCCAGACAAAACAGUUUCAAUCAGCAGGUCAGCAGACAGAGCAGCAUCAACCAGUCACAAGUAAGCUUGAGCUUACCGCACGCAUAUCUCGGCAAGCCGGUGAUUUAUGAGAAUAAAGUUGUUUCUCAAGGGCCGAUGAUAUUUGUCAAUGAGAUGUGAAGCUGCUGUUGGUGUAAUGCUGUACAUCGUGAAGGAGAUGUGAACAUCAUUAUUACCUUAAAGGAGCUGUAAGCGAUACUCAAAGCAUUUAUACAGCAAACCACUGUUUACUGAUAUAGUGGAGUAAUGACAUGCUGAAAGUCACACUCGCUCUGUGUGUGUUGUAAUCUGAGCUUCUCAGUUCUUUGUUGUGGUAGCUGGACCAGCUUUGCGUGCAUGUUAGUGCAUGUGAGUCCUGUGUGUGCACCCCGCUGCCUAGCUAAGUGCCACCGCUCUGCUUUGCCCAUAUAUGGCGGCUAGUGCUGAUUUUGGGAUGGUGCUAUCACAGAAGCACAGCUCCAACCCUGAGGCUCCUUUAAGAUAAAAUGAAAACACUGAUGAUAUCUUUUUGGCAAGUAUGGUGUUCAUAAUGUGAUAUGAUUUUUUAUUAUAAUUUUUUAAUGAUGUACUUGGAGUUGAGCAUUUCCCCAAUGACACACGUUGUGGAAAAUGAUGAUGAUGAAAUGAUGAAAUGUGAAGUCAUUACUUAAGGCAUUUGUUUGUUUGUUUUUUACCAUAAAACUUAAUUUAAUAGCCCGGGCUAUUAUUUCCUUAAAUCACUGAACUCAACAGGACUAUAUUUGGGACAGGCCUUUAAUUCCUUUCACACAAAACUGUUGCUCAGCAAAGACAUUUCAAUCAAACCAGUAUGAAUAUUACUUGUUUAAAAAUUAGGCUCCAGAUAAUAUAUCAAUUACAAAUCAUUCAUUUGAUCUAGCUCCAACAGACAGCUCAUCAGAGAGUUACGGCACUCAAGGAAUAUGAAUAACUUGCAGGGUAAUCGAGGAAUGGACACAUAAUUUGAGGCAGCCAACAACCCAGUUUUAUACGUCUGAAGAACUUCUAUAAAAAAAAUGAAGUGCUAGGCAACCAGACCAGGCCUCUAAUUGAGACAGGGCUUUAUUUGUCAAAAUGUGUCGCCACACCGGACUAGUGAAAGGUACUGGGCAUUUAAUUUAAUAAUACUACUAAUAAUAAUGAUAAUUACAAUAAUAAUAUUAAUAAAUAAUAAGAAGAAGACAAAGAAGAAGAUGUAAUAUAUAUGGUCAUCUAGAGCCUAUAACAUAACUGCCAGCUCCAGUCUUAGAAAGCGUAUAACAUAGGGGAGCGUGGGGCACAACAUAACGCGGGCUAAAUUGUAACAUGGACAUUUUAUGUAGUAACACAGGGUCGAUCCUUUCGUGCUUCUGGCCAGUUGACCACAAACCACCAAACGGUGACCCAGAGAUUGGACGUGUUUCAUCUGAGUUCAGUGACAAAGAGUGUUUUCAGCCACUCUCCAACCACUGAAUUGGUGAAUAGUAGAGAUUAUAUUUACUGUAAGUGUGGUGUAAUACAAAACAUUCAUAAUUAUCUUAUGUUCCUAUGUUAAGUAAAGGAUUUACAGUAUUCAGAGGCUUGUGGUAGCACCUAUUCUGCAGGUAUAGGCAGGUAAAUUGACCCGUGGUGAUGUGCCUUAGUUCUAUUAGGUACAUGGAAGAUAGUGAUGAUUUUAGAUUUUGUGCUCAUAAAUAUUUCCCUGUUUGAAUGUCUUAUUUAUCGUGACCACUACUGGAUUGCUCUCAAUGUUUUUGACAAUAUAUUUUCUUCUUUUUAACUCUUCAUCCCCACAAACCCAUAAAAUAAAAUGUCAAGUAAUAAAAGCCCAGUGAUCUAGUUGUUUUAGCAUGGUGUUAGGACUUACAUGGUGCUGAAACUAAUUUCACUUGAUUUAUCAGUCAUAUGUUAUAUUUUCACCUUUUUUGCUGUUUUUGUCAAAAGGGUUUUUUUUUGUUACACAUUAUACUCUGCCCUAUACUAUGAUUGAUGAGAAACAUGCAGUGCCAGUGUCAGUUCAGAAAUAUAUCUAACCAGUGUGAGUUCUCUCUAUAAAUAUUUAAUGUUUGAUUGUAUCAUUUAUUCCCUUUGUCAUUACUGGUGGAUUUUAAUGUGACACUCCAAUGUUUUUUUUCCUGUCUUUUUAAAAAGAAUUUCAAAUGGUAAUGAAUACUGUUUCAGUGGAUCUUUGCUACUUUAAUUAUUUUUUUAAUUAUUGGUGUGUAUUUGCGUGUAAAUACAUGUUUAUUCACGUUUUAUUAUAUGUGUGUUUGAGCUAAAGAAUUACCUUCUUAAAGAAUAUGUUGCAUACUAAAGUAACUACGACACAUAAUUUGAAUGUGAAACAUGUUGAAGUGCUCAUAUUGCUCUUAUACCUUUAUAGUCACAGUCCUCUGCACUAUAAUUGUCACUCAAAUUACACUUUCACAAAGAAAUAUGAUGUCUUUAACGUACAGUUCAAACUGUGUACAGUGAUUGUAACGUGUGUGUUUUGUGCUGCAGAAUAUAAUAAGUC